AUGGCCCAGGAUACUGGCCACUGGAGCGUGAGGCGCACUCGAGAGACCCUCGGUGGCCUCACCCUGAACUCGGCCAUCCCCCAGCCGCCGUCCGCAAUGAAGCGGUCAAACUCUUCCGUCGGCCAGGGCGGCGCUCCCUUCUCGGCCAACCAUGCGCGAUCAGUCUCGGGAUCACGGCACUCUCUUGCGCCCACGAGGCCGAGCCAGCCGCUGUUCCAGCGCUCUUCGACCGGCGCCAAUCUAGUCGACCUGGGCCUCACAUCGGCCAAGCGCUCGUCCAUCCGCCCGUUCACACCAGGUGUGCCCGGACGGGCAUCGAUUGCAAACGACCGGCGAAGCAGCGUCUACCAGGGCGGACGGCAGUCGAUUAUGGGCGGCGGGAUGGGUGGCGGGAUGGGUGGCGGGAUGGGCGGCAUCACAGCGAUGGGCGGCAGCCACCAGAGCUUCUUCUCCCAAGCACCAGCACCAGCAGGAGCAGUGCGCGAUCCACGACCUCUCCGGGACCGCUCCUACUUGGCGCGGAUUGGCCAGGAGCUGAUAGAGUACAUGACGCAGCACAACUUUGAGCUCGAGAUGAGCCAUACACUCUCACAGAACGUGCUCAAGUCGCCCACACAAAAGGACUUUGUCUACAUGUUUCAGUGGCUAUAUCGACGCAUCGAUCCCAAUUACAAAUUCCAUAAAAGCAUUGAUCAGGAGGUGCCCGUCCUGAUGAAACAGCUCCGCUACCCGUACGAGAAGGGCAUCACCAAGAGCCAGAUUGCCGCCGUUGGCGGCCAGAACUGGGGAACGUUCCUCGGGAUGCUGCACUGGAUGAUGCAGCUGGCCGUGAUGCUGGAGCGAUACUCGGUCAAUCGCUACGACGAUGCGUGCGCAGAGGUCGGUGUUGAUGUGGUGGCCGAUCACAUCACCUUCGACUUCUUGGCACAUGCAUACCAGGACUGGCUGGUCAUGGAUGUCGACGAGGACGCAGCAGACGACGCGGACCAGCUGGCCAAGAUGAUGGCGCCACACAUCGAAUCGAUGACCAGGGCGUUGGACCAGGCCUACGCGAAGAAUGAGGAGGAGCUGGCCAUUCUGGAAGCAGAGAAUGCCAAGCUGCUCAAGGACAUCGAAGAGCUGGAAAAGUCGACGCCCGAUUUGGCCGUGCUAGACGACCACUUCAAGAUCAUGGAGGAGGACAAAGUGAAGUUUGAAGAGUACAACGAGCUCGCACUGCAGCGCUGCGAAAAGUACGAGAAGCGCAUCCCGCUGCUGCAAGAAGAGCUGGACAAGCUAAACGAGGAGGUCAAGGAGGCCGAGAACGAGCAGCGCAGCCUGCGUCAGGCCGUGGAUGACCAGGGCAUCAGCAUGGCGGAUAUCGACCGCAUGACAUCGGAGCGUGAACGGCUGCAGAAGGGCAUCGAGGCGGCGGGACAGCGGCUGGAAGAGGCGAAGAAGCGGGUGUCGGACCGCGAGAUGGAUGCCAGCCAGCGACUGGACGAGCUGGAACGCAUGGUGGACAAAUACAACACGCUGGCCUACCAGAUUGGCCUGAUCCCAGCCACGGCAGCCAACGCCAAGGGCAAAGACUACGAGCUGCACGUCAAGGUGAACGACGGGCCCAGCUUCACGGCAUCGCAAAUGGGGCCGGGCUCCGGGCCCGGGUCGCUGUCGGCGGCGCUGGGUGACGCUGGUGGCAGCAGCAUGGAGAGCGAGCGGCUGCUGGCCGACCCGGUGACGGGUUACCAGCCGGCACACAUCCUCAACCUGGACCUGCGAGGCACGGUUAAGAACAGCUUCCAGGCCCUGCGCAAGGACAUUGCCGAGCGGCGCAACACGGCGAUCGAGACAAUGAUGAAGGACCACGAUCUGCUCGACAACAUCAAGGAAGCCAUGGAGGACAAGCGCAACGAGGUGGAGGCGCUGGAGCACCGCGUGCGCGCAGCUGAGCAGGAGCACGAGAAGACCAAGGAGGUCACGACGGCACAGCGGCUGGCCUCGGACGCACAGAUCGAGAAGAUGGAAAAGGAGCUGGCCAAGAUGCGCGCGAACCUGACCGAGUCGGUGCAGCUGAUGGAGCAGCGCGAGAUGAACACGAACAUUGAAUACGAGCAGCUCACCCUACGAGCCAGUGCUCUGCGCGAGGAGCUGCACACCGAGAUCAUGCGGAUGCUCAAUGAUGUGAUCAAAUUCAAGAUGCACAUGCAGAAGAGCCUGGAAGAAUACGAGGAGUUUGUGACCGAGGAGCUGGUCAAGGAGCUGGGCCCCGAAGACGGAAAGGACGAGAUGACGGGACUGGAUAUGUGA